AUCUCGACGAGGUGGCCGGUACCGACGAUUUAUUUACUCGUACGCUAGACUGCGUACUUAUUCGUGGUGAAACGUGUCAUUAUUUAUUGCAUACGGUACGAAUACGUGGUUAUCUGAAUCGAAAACGUCUUUUCAGCCCGUCUUUAUCAGAUCGAAGUACUUAACCAUAGUUCACGCGUUCUCUAUUUGGCCUUCUUUCGCCGUAUCUGAUAACAGAGAUCUAUGGCACGUAUACGGGUCAGGGACUGUAAACGUGUUAAAUAAUUCAAUUUACGUAGGUUCAUUUUAGGUGCGAACCUUUCGAUUGUACACGAUAUCAGAUACUUGGGGAGGAUUUAUUUUGCCGAAGACAAUGAUGUCGGUAGAUUGGUAACGUUAAAUGGCUAAGGUAACGUGCUGCGCGUCGAGAAGGAAUUUGAAAAAACCGCGUUAGUCGCGUCGCGGAUCGACGGGCGCCGAGUCCGCCAUCUAGCGAGGAUCGACGAAAGCUAAACGGUGUUCUCAGCGCGUCGCGUCGCGUACGUGCGCUCUGGCUUCUAGGGAAGGGGAACGCAAGAGUGGGGCGGUACAACAAAUCGGUGGUUCAGUGGUCCCGCGGUAGUCGAUCUCUUCGGGGUUUGGCUGUUUGUUUCGUGUGGAUUGACCGAGCCUAGCCCCUUCGACACAGGAUUACUGUUUUCAUUUCGAGAAUCUAUCGCGUCCUUUUGCCGACCGCGUAUACGACAGUCUCGACAACACGUUCGUAACGAUCGGCGCAUCGAGAAGAUACUUUCUCUCGGAGCGUUUCUUGGUCCUGUUAAAUGGGAGCUGGACGUUAUCUGUGAAACUACGGGUUCUCUUGGAGUGGUCUGGAACUCGUCCAAGUCUGGACCGGACACCAUGAACGGAAAGGAGGAAAAGAAAAGCUUUGCGGAGCCGGAGAAUAUGUGAUCGCUUCGCUUCUCUCGGAAUACGUGAACAGUCGACGGGCUCAAUCGAGAUGGACCAAUGGCCUGUACGUCUAGCGAUACUGGGGAUGCUGGUCACAGGCCUGCGCGCCGCCGACGACUUUCGACGAAUAUCCUACGAAGAUUUGGCGGACACCAAACUGUUCCAACAAGAGGGUGUGACGACGUACUCCCAAUUGCUGUUCGACGUCGCCAGACAACAGGUCGUCGUCGGAGCACGGGAUAACCUGUACCGGCUGACUCUGACGUCGCUAACAGCUCUCGAGCAUGCCAGCUGGUCCGCGCCAGAGGACAAGACCAACACGUGUCAAAACAAGGGACAGAGCGUCGAGGACUGUCACAACUACGUUAAGGUGCUCCUAAGCAAUGGAAAGAGCCUGUUCACCUGCGGCACCUACGCCUUCAGCCCCUGGUGCACGUGGAGAGAGAUCGAGAACAUCAGCAGCGUUACCACCGAAAUGUCUGGCAUCGCGAUGUGUCCUUACUCGCCGCACGCGAACGUUACCGCGCUGUUGGCCAGAGGACCGUCCGGAGGACUCUUCACCGGAACACCGACCGACUUUUCCGGGGCUGAUUCCGCGAUCUGUAGGACACUCGCCACGCCGAAUCUUCGCACGCACCAAUACGAUUCCAGAUGGUUAAACGACCCACAGUUCGUCGGCAGCUUCGAGACCGAGGAUCACGUCUACUUCUUGUUUCGCGAAUCUGCCGUCGAGUACAUCAAUUGCGGCAAGAAAAUUUACUCGAGAAUAGCGAGGGUAUGCAAGAACGAUCGCGGCGGACAGAUCAUGAUGAAGGAAGUUUGGACGACUUUCAGUAAAGCUCGUUUAAAUUGCUCCCUGCCCGGUGAAUUUCCCUUUUACUACGACGAAAUUCAAGGCGCGGUUUAUCAUCCGGAGGAGGGCAUUGUUUACGCGACGUUCACCACGCCCGUCAACGGGAUUGCCGGCUCGGCGAUUUGCGCAUUCAACAUGUCAGCGAUCACAGCCAGCUUCAACGGACCGUUCAAGCAUCAGGAGAACUCGGGCUCCGCCUGGGAACGAAGGUCCGUUCCUCAUCAGGACAGACAACGGUGCGGGUCCUCGUCGAAUAUCGCCCCCUAUCAGAUCAUAGAUAACCAAAGGUAUCAAUUGAUGGACGACGCUGUUCAAAGCACGAACCUCGAACCGCUUCACACCGCGAUUCUCGAGAGAUUCACGCUGAUCGCGCUCGACGUCACUCCGACCAAGUUGCAUCGCGGCGUCACUGUGCUGUACGUUGCCACCGACGUUGGACUCGUGAAAAAGAUCUCCGUGUUGCCUAGAACUCAGGAAACGUGCAUCGUCGAGGUCUGGGGUCCCAUGCCUUCGCCGCCUCUCACUUUGCAGUUCUUGAAGGACACGCAGAGUCUGUACGUUGGCACGGAGAUUGGAUUGUUGAGAUUACCCGCAGCACAAUGUCAUCGUCAUCGAAACCGUCAGGCCUGUUUGAACGCUCAAGAGCCAUACUGUGGCUGGGACGAGCAUCUGAUGAAGUGCGCCCCGGCUCCGAAGCAAAACCACUUGGCGAAUCAUUGGCAUCAAGAGGUCACCAAGUGUCCAGUGCUCACGGAUCCCGUCGACGGUGGAUGGAGCGCAUGGAGUGCUUGGUCGGCCUGUCAGCACGGAACAGCUGAACACGUUCACUCCCAUUCCCACUCCCACGCGCACGUUCACUCGCAUUCGGAGCACGCGGAGACGGCAACGGACAAUUGCCAAUGCCAAACUCGAGAGUGCAACAAUCCACCACCGCAGCACGGCGGAGAAAAUUGCUCGGGAGCCAAAGUGAGGGUGACGAACUGCACGGUGCACGGUGGAUGGACGGCCUGGUCGGCUUGGUCUGCCUGCUCGCAGACUUGUGGUUUCGCCAUGAAAGCCCGUCGACGGUCCUGCACGAAUCCUGCGCCCGCUUUUGGAGGUCGGGUCUGCGUCGGUCACGAUCACGACGACAUCGUUUGCAUAGAUCUACCGCCGUGUCCUACACCUACCAAAGUCGCGCCACCCCCGCAGACCGGCCAGUGGUCCUCGUGGAGUAACUGGAACUCUUGUAAUCGACCCUGCAACGGCGGUAUGCGAAUACGAAAGCGAACGUGCGAAAGCCAAUCUCAGCGUAAAUCCGGUACCGUCGAAUGCAUCGGAUGCGAUUUCCAGGUCGAAGAGUGCAAUACCCAUCAGUGUGUUGAGACGAAAAGAUACUCGGGAUGGACGCCGUGGUUGGCGGCGAAUGCCACUACUUUGCAAAGUGGAAACGUCGGUUACGUCGGAUACGUCGAGAAACGUUUUCGAUUUAGUUGUCGAGCCCAAACGGACGAUCCGUCGAGCGUGAGGGUGCAACUGGCCAAAGAGGAAGAACGUUACUGCAGAAACGACGGGUCCUGUAUGAAAGGAAGCGGAAAUCAAAAUGGAUACGGGGAUCUGGCUGUUGAAACCGGCUGGAGCGAGUGGUCACCCUGGCGAGCGUGCGAUCGUCCAUGCGGGGGAGGCUCGCAACAUAGAGUCAGGCAAUGCGAAUCACCGCCUUGCGAUGGCGGCGUCACGCUUCAAACCAAAGUCUGCAACACGCAUCCGUGCAGAUCGAGCACCGCUCCAACUGCUACUGGCGCGAGUGCUGAAAGUCAAUGGUCUUGUUGGACCGAUUGGUCCGAAUGCUCCGUGUCCUGUGGCGUCGGCGUCCGCACCAGAACGAGAGAAUGUUUGGGUCCUGAAAGCUGCGAGGGUCCGCGACUCGUGAGAGAGACGUGCGAAAUGCCUAGCUGCGAGUCGCUCCUCGGCUGGGACUCUUGGUCGCGAUGGACGCCCUGCGACGACGAUCAUCAACAACAUCGAAAACGGCAGUGCCUUAGACACGGCAACGGAAUGUGUCAAGGAUCGAACCGAGAAACUCGUGACUGCUUGCCCGAUUGCACGGACAACGACGUGAAUGCUCUACGAUCGAGCAUAGAUCGUUCAGGGGUUACGAUCGGCGCGGUAGUAGGCAGCUGCGUUGUUGGAUUCCUGGUUGGCCUGGCACUCACGGCGGUCUUGAGUUUCUACUAUUUGAAGCGACGACAGCAACGCGCACCUGGCAGCCCUCACUACGUCAGCAAGCAAAACCCUUACGUCACGGUUCCGUUAAAGGAGGCCAACGCCAACGCCAAGCGACAGCCUAGCUUCUCCGGUAGUACGAACGGCAAUGGGACUCUUCGCGGAAAGAACAAUCCCAACGUGAACGGUCUCGGUAGUCCGAAAUUGUAUCCUAAAAGUCUCGAUUACGAGUCCGCGACGCUGAAGCGGAACAGCCACGGUCAACAGCACAUACGAGUCGACUUGGAUCAAGAGAAAUACUAUUGAACGUAUCGAUCGAUGAUGCACGGGAUAAUAAAGACAAGCAAUGUUUUACUUUCCCGCGAGACCGCGAUCGAACGUCGCUGUAUCGACGACAAUCGACGCUAUGAAGGCGAUCGAGCCAGUAGCGAAAUUCGAGAAGCAAGCAACGUCUCGCACCGGCUCCUCGAGAAAGAUGCAAUAUAAUUUAAAGAAGGAUCAUUCGCGUGAAACGUGCCGUGACGAAUUGGCGAAUUGGCGAAUACGCAAGAGGAGAGGAUGUACAUAUAUUUGGACAUACGUACCUACGCGCGCAUAUAACGAAUAUACGCAAAGGAGAACAGUAUACUCUUUUUAUUUUAAGGAAAGAUGACUUCGAGUUUCAUAUCGAACGAUUUAGUGCCAUGACAUGAAUUUAAAAACUACGUCGAAUGCGUGUGCGAAUCGAUUUGUACCUAGGAAUGAGUGUAACACGUGCAUGUGUGUGUGUGUGUGUAUGUAUGUGUUUGCAUUGCGUGUUCAAGGCACAUACGCGUGAAUCGCAUUUGUUUAUUGGCUCACAUUGAGUCGCGGAAUCGUGUCAAGUUACAUGUACGAAGAAUAGCCGGGAAUAAAAAGACGAUCCGAUAUAUCC